AUGGCUCCAAGUAAACAGGAUUUUUCGCUGAAAAGAUCCAGCGGAGCUAGGAGUGGCUCAGUGCUAAAUUUGAGAACGCCGGUGAACUCGCUCCCUUUGCGGCGGAGCUCAGCGGUCUUGCCCUCGGUGCUGACGUUUGCAGUGAUCGUGGCGUCCGGAGGCCUGUUGCUUAUGAUAGAGAAAGGACUAUUGAACAGCGUGGACACCCCUCCGCCUCGAGGAAAUGGCAAGAAAAUCGAUUACCUCAGCCCAUCCAGGCAUCAAAGUUCUGCCGCGGACGCCGAAUCUCAGAUCAUGCAAGACAUCCGGAACCGCACGAUAUGGACGGUGUGCGGGCAGAAGAACAUGCCGCACAGCGUGUGGUCGCUCAGCGCCGUCCAGAGGAAGACGCUGCUGCAGCACAUCCUGGUGAACGACGAGCACCGCUUCCUGUACUGCUACGUGCCCAAAGUGGCCUGCUCCAACUGGAAGCGAGUGCUGAAGGUGCUGAGCGGCGCCCUGGAGAGCGUGCACGUCAAGCUCAAGAUGGACCACAAGAGCGACCUGCUCUUCCUGGCGGACCUGAAGCCGCAGGAGAUCCGCUACCGUCUCAAGCACUACUUCAAGUUCCUGUUCGUGCGCGACCCCAUGGAACGGCUGCUGUCCGCCUACAGGAACAAGUUUGGCGAGAUCGAGGCGUACCAGAGGAAGUACGGCGCGGAGAUUGUGCGGCGCUACAGGAAGAACCCGGGCAAGGCGAUGGGGGACGACGUGACUUUCGCGGAGUUUGUGCGCUACCUGCUGGACGAGGACGUGGAGCGCAUGAACGAGCACUGGAUGCCCGUGUACAACCUGUGCCAGCCCUGCGCCGUGUCCUACGACUUCAUUGGCUCGUACGAGCGGCUGCAGGCGGACGCUCGCUUCGUGCUGCAGCGCGUGUCGGCUCCGCCCCACGUGCAGUUUCCAGAGCGACAGGCCUGGUACAGCCCGGUGACCCCCCAGACUCUGCAGUACUACCUCUGCAGCCUCCCCCCCCCUCUGCUCUCUGAACUCCUCCCCAAAUACAUCCUGGACUUCUCCCUCUUCAGCUAUCCACUGCCAAACACCACCAGCCAGCACUGCCGCCAGUAGUGCCCCCAUUUUAUACUUUUAUUAUAAAGGCCGAGUUGCCUUAUUUUUAUAUGGAGAGAAAUGUAGUCGUAUUUCCUUACAGGACUGGGGUUCGUGGCCAAAUGACAACAGGAGGGUGAAACCACUGUGAGGCACAGGAAUGCAUUAUGGGAUAUCUGUAAUGGUUCUGUGAUGUAUUAAGGGAUGUCUGUAAUGGUUCUGUGAUGUAUUAUAGGAUAUCUGUAAUGGUUCUGUGAUGCAUUAUGGGAUGUCUGUAAUGGUUCUGUGAUGCAUUAUGGGAUGUCUGUAAUGGUUCUGUGAUGCAUUAUGGGAUGUCUGUAAUGGUUCUGUGAUGCAUUAUGGCAGCACAACCCUGUUCCUGGAGAUCUACCGUCCUGUAGGUUUUCAUUCCAGUCCUAACAAAGCACCUCAUUCAGCAGCUUGAGAUCGCAUCAAGCUGCUUAUCACUUGAGUCAGGUGUGCUUUGCUAGGGUUGGAGUGUAAACCUGCAGGUUGGUAGACCUCCAGGAACAGGGUUGGGCAGCCCUGCAUUAUGGGAUGCCUUUACCGAUGCUUUGGCCCUGCUCCUGAAACAAACGUCAAACUCUGGUUUCACCCACAAAAGGAAAUUAAAGCUCAAUUCUGUAA